AACCUUGGACAGCAGCCCCCUCUCCGGCCUCAGUUGUCUCUCAGAGACACCAGGUUGAGGCUUCGAGUCAAGGAUCGUGUAAGUGAUAGCUUAGUGUAGGGCCUGGCACGUAGUAGGCGCUCAAGAAAUGGUGUGUGCCUUUGGUGGAUGCGGAGCAGAGCCAGCGCAGUGCGGCGACUCGCCCAAGGUCACACAGCCGGGCCGGAUCCGACCCGGGCGGCCUGACUCCAGCGGGCCGGGUUUGCGAGGAGCCAGCUUGGGAGAGCGGUGUUUGGAGGAGCGGGCGCGGACGUGGGCGGGAAGGGACUUCUAUUUUGGAGCGGGUGACAGAAGCGCGGAACGCAGAGGGGGCUGGGUCCCUCCCUGGGCUCCCCCAGUCCGAGUCACCUUCCCGCGACCCUUCCCGGGAGGGGCGUCCCGGGCGGGUAGGGGGGAGCGGGAGGGGCGGGUAGGCGGUUACCUCAUCGCCGCCUCCGGGAGGCUCCGCUUGCUGCUCGCUGCUCGCUCGCGCCGCCGGCUGGGGCGGCGACUCCGGGCGCCGGAGCGAGAGAAGGACGGAGGGACCGAGGCGCCGAGAGGCAGCGCCGCCCCCUGCAUCCUGCUCCGCCGCGGGACCCGCGAGGCGAGGAGGUCCGACCUCGGUGCUCCGCGCUGUCGCCGGCGCCUCCAGUGGCGCUGCGGGGCGGAGGCCGUGUCUGCGCGCGGCGCGCUCGGUCAGUUCUCUCCUGAGCUUGGCACUCGCCGGAGCUGCUCGUGCGUCCGCCGUCCGCCUGCUCGGCUGUCUGUUUCCCCUCUACCGCCAGCUCCGACCUCCAGCCUGGCCUCCCCGGGCCCCCGGUGCUCCAAGGGGCGAUGAGCGCGGCGGGGCCGGGGUGCACGGGGCAGGGCGCGCCGGGCGCACAGAGCGGCGCCGGCCCAUGAGGCUUCCCAGAGCGGGGCGCAGCAGCACGCGCGGGCCAUGGGGGGCAGCCUGCGGGUGGCGGUGCUGGGCGCUCCGGGCGUGGGCAAGACGGCCAUCAUCCGCCAGUUCCUGUUCGGUGACUACCCCGAGCGCCACAGGCCCACGGACGGGCCGCGCCUCUACCGGCCCGCGGUGCUGCUCGACGGCGCCGUCUACGACCUGAGCAUCCGCGACGGCGACGGUGCUGGCCCGGGUCAGAGCCCCGGGGGGCAAGAGGAGUGGCCGGACUCUAAAGACUGGAGCUUGCAGGACACGGACGCCUUCGUGCUUGUCUACGAUAUCUGCAGCCCGGACAGCUUCGACUAUGUGAAGGCGCUGAGGCAGCGCAUCGCGGAGACCAGGCCAGCGGGCGCACCUGAAGCGCCCAUUCUCGUGGUGGGCAACAAGCGGGACCGGCAGCGGCUGCGGUUCGGGCCUCGGCGCGCACUGGCUGCCCUGGUGCGCAGGGGCUGGCGCUGCGGAUACCUCGAGUGCUCCGCCAAGUACAAUUGGCACGUGCUGCGACUCUUCCGCGAGCUGCUGCGCUGCGCGCUAGUGCGCGCACGCCCUGCGCAUCCAGCUCUGCGCCUGCAAGGGGCGCUGCACCCGGCGCGCUGCAGCCUCAUGUGAUCGAAUUGGAAAAACGCCGCUUACGGGGGGAGGGGCCUUCUAGUUAACUGGAACAACCGGGGACCUGGAUUGGACGAGAUUGCCCAACUUCUUUCGGAUUGGACAGGACAAGCCUCCUCCCUGAUUGGCUGAAGAACACUCCCACCCAUUCUCCUGGGCAACAGGCUUCUCUUUGAAUCUCACUGGGCCCAACCAGGCCCCAUUGGACAAAUCAGUCUUUUCUGGGACCUCACUGGGUCACGAUUCCAUUGGAUGAAAAGGACUUGGCUAUGAAUCUGAUUGGACAGCCUCAGGCUGCUCUUGGAGUUUCAUUGGACCAACUGUUAAGUCACACCUCCCGGGAGGAAAUAAAGGGGAAGCAAGUUGCGCCUGGCAUUUCUGGGAUGGCAAGAUAAAUCUUGGGGAAUUCCCUGAUGGUCCAGUGGUUAAGACGCCAAGCUUCCACUGCAGGGGGCAUGAGUUCGAUCCCUGGUUGGGGAACUAAGAUCUCUCAUGCCUCACAAAAUUGCUAGAAGAUAAAUUUUGUGCUUCCCAGGGGG